CUUCAUGGUUUACAACUUAAAACUAUUAUCUAUUAAAUAAUGUCAACGUUCCAACAAAUUACAAAUCAAAAUAACAAAAAGAAAAAAAACAAGAAAAAAUCUAAGCUCAUUUUUCAGUCUCCUAAUAAAAAGCCAACUUGAACUCUUUUUUCCCAAACCAAAAAGUUUGGCUUGCCACCAAAGAAAAAACCUCUCCUUUAUACAUAUACAAUAACUCUUUAUAUAUACAAUUUUAAACCCAUAUUCCAAUUUACCCAUUAAUUAAGAAGAAGAAAAAUGAAGCUAGUUUGGUCUCCUGAAACAGCAUCGAAAGCUUACAUCGAUACUGUCAAAUCAUGCGAGAUUUUUCGAGAUUCGGGUGUGGCGGAGCUGAUUUCGGCCAUGGCGGCCGGCUGGAACGCGAAAUUCAUCGUGGAGACAUGGUCGCACGGGGGACCCAUCACCACCAGCAUCGGCCUCGCCGUGGCUAGCCGCCACACGUGUGGAAGACACGUGUGCAUAGUCCCGGACGAGAGGUCGAGUACCGAAUACGUUGAGGCCCUAAGCGAAGCUGGGGUUUCGGCCGAUGAGGUAAUCGUGGCCGGCGAUGCGGCGGAGGAGGUUAUGGAGGAUUUGGUCGGGGUCGAUUUUCUGGUGGUCGAUGGUCUGAGAAAGGACUUCGCUAGAGUUCUGAGAGUGGCGAAGAUUAGCCAGAGAGGGGCCGUUCUGGUUUGUAAGAACGCGUCGGCGAAAAACGCCGCCGGGUUCAGGUGGCGGAGCGCGGUGGAAGAAGGUGGUUGUGGGUCGCGGCGGCUGGUUCGUUCUGUGUUUUUGCCGGUCGGGGAUGGACUUGAUAUUGCCCACGUCGGCGCCGGUGCCGGAGGGAGUUCGAGUCCGGUGAUGGGAGAUCGUCGGAGAUGGAUUAAGCAUGUCGAUCGACAGUCGGGAGAAGAAUAUGUUAUUAGAAAGUAAUUUUUAGAUGAGAAAAAAAUAGAAGAAAAGAAAAUCUAAGAAUUAUUUUUAUUUUUAUUUUUGGGAUUUAAUUAUAUUUUUAUGUACAUAUUUUACACUUACCACCAACUAAUUGGUAAUUGUUAUGAUAUUGCUCUUUUGUUUUGAACAAAUUGAAUCACUUGAAGAAAUUUUGGUGCUA